AUGCCCUCUGUGGCGUUGGACUAUUGCACGGUGGUAGCUGCUGUGGGAAAUGACAGUGUAGGCUUAUACCGCUAUCAGAACAUUCGCUUUGCUGCCCCCGUCACCAGCGAUCUGCGAUUUGCAAAGCCAGAAUGGCCACCCGUUGAGACCGAAACCAACUACGGCAACAUCGUCUCCGAGUCGAUUGACUGCAGCACCAGCGAAGACUAUCUGUUCCUUGACGUGUGGGCUCCAGCCAACAGCACUGGCAAGAAACUACCGGUGCUGAUGUACAUCUACGGAGGAGGUUUCACCGGUGGUAGCAAGAUUCAGAGCACCCCUGAAGGCCUCUUUGAUUUGUCCAAGGAUUUCAUCUAUGUCGCUGCUAACUAUCGCCUGGGAGUGACGGGUCUGGCUAACGGCCCUACCUUCCAGCACGAGGGAGGUGCCGCGAAUGCUGCCGUCUGGGAUGUCACUCAGGCCCUGGAAUGGGUGCAGAAGUACAUUGGCUCCUUUGGCGGUGAUCCCGACGCGGUCACCCUUUCAGGAUUUUCCGCUGGUGCUUCUCAAGUGAUGUUUCAGUUGACACGAUUCAGUGGCCGUGCGCCUCAACUCUUCAAGGGGGCAUACAUCAUGUCUCCUGGAUAUGUGCCUGGAGCCGGUCACCAUCAAGCUGAAGCUUACUGGCAGAACGUAUCGACUGCAGUCGGCUGCCCAGGCGGAGACAUUACCUGCAUGCGCUCCGUGAACUACACUACCCUGAUGACCAUUGGCAGCGAAGUCGCUAGCAACUACAGCUACCAGCUGCAACCUCGUGUUGACGGAAACAUAGUUGCUGAUACUUACGAGGCACAAUUGUACCAGAAGAACUUCAACUUUAGCGGACCUCUUGUGAUCUCCCAUGAGCGCCACGAAGAAAACAGCCAGAGCUCCAACACCGUCACCAGCGCAGCAGAUAUUGCUGCCGAGCUGCAAAUGUACUUCCCCGCCAUCACCGAUGACGUGAUUGAAGAGAUCCUCGAGCUUUACCCUGCCUCGCAUUACGCCAAUGCAGGUUACCGUCUGUCUGACAUCCGUCAAGGUUUUGACAUGACCGGCAAAAAUUUGGCUCUGACUCAGGCGCUGCAUAACGAGACAUGGAAUGCUAUUGUUAACCUUGGGGAAGCUACACACGGUACGGAUCAGACUUAUUACUGGUAUAGUACUUAUAGUACUGUGCCCGCUAAUGGAUUGACUUCCUCUUCUUCCUCGUCGGUCAAUGUCGCGGUUGCGCGCACCAUGCAAAAGUACCUCCUCUCCUUCGUCCUAACCGGCAACCCCAACACCCUCUGGCCCAACGACAAGAUCUACUGGCCGAAGUAUGGAAAUGCGACGAACACCAUCAACUUCAAUACGACUAUGUCCAUUACUUUCGAUGAUCUUGCCAACGACAAGAGCCUCUUCUGGAAUAAGGCUUUGUGGUACUGA